AUGUCUGAAUUAGUCGUUCAAUUUCAAAAAUUGAGUAUUGCAAGAGAAGCACCUGCUUUGAACAGGGAGCAAUUGGCCCUGGCUACCCAGUGGGAUGCUGUCUUGAAAUCUGGUCAAGUCGAACGCAACUUGGACAACAUCAACUUGUGUUUGAGAGAUAACACUUUCUUGGUUGCCACACGUGUCCCAACCGUCACAGACGUGAAGCUGUUUGAAAGCGUGUUCCCAUUGACUAAACAAUUGGUGUCCAGUACAAAGGAUGUUAAGGACACGUACGCCAAGUACAGACACAUCAUCAGGUGGGUCGACUUCCUACAACGUCUUCUACCUAUUGAAAAGACUGAACAAUUGUCCAUGAACUACGACCUUGAACUCCCUCGUGAAGUCAUUGAAAAGAAGAAGAAAGCAGACGAAAAGAAGGCUGCUGCGGGCGAAAAGAAGACUGCCGAGGUUGAGAAGAAGACUGAGAAGCCAGCUGACGAUAAGAAGCAAAGAGGUAAGCCAGAUGAAGAGACACUGAAAAAAUUGAGAGAGGAGGCUCAAGCAAAGAAGGCUGCUAAGAAGGCUGCUAACGCAAAGAAGGAGGCCGACCAACAGAAGGCCGCUGCCGAACCACCAAAGCCAUCCGUGAUCGAUUUCCGUGUUGGGUUUAUUCAAAAGGCCAUUAAGCACCCAGAUGCCGACUCCUUGUAUGUAUCCACCAUCGAUGUGGGUGACGAGGAAGGUCCAAGAACUGUCUGCUCUGGUCUAGUCAAGCACUUCCCAUUGGAGGCCAUGCAAGAGCGUUACGUUGUUGUCGUUUGUAACCUAAAGCCAGUCAACAUGAGAGGUAUCAAAUCCACUGCCAUGGUUCUUUGCGGGUCCACAGACGAAAAAGUCGAGUUUGUUGAACCACCUGCCGGGUCGAAGGCCGGUGACAAGGUGUUCUUUGAAGGCUACGGCGCAGAAGAACCAUUGAAACAAUUGAACCCAAAGAAGAAGAUGUGGGAAGCCUUGCAACCAAACUUCACCACUAAUGCCGAUUUGGAAGUUAUUUUCAAGGACGAAGAAAACAAAGAAAAGCCAGUUUUGAAACUGACAAACGCCAAGGGAGAACACUUCAAAGUUGCCACAAUCGCCGGUGCUCAAGUCCGUUAA